AAAUGGUCAGGGGACGGAUACUGAAUGUGGACGAGAGGCAACCACAAGAAAUACACGUGUGGGAGGACGCAGGACCUUCACUCUGCCGCGCGCGCUUCCAACAGAAACAACAUCACAAUCACAUGUGCAACUUCACAGAAAGCAAAUUCGGAAGCAGGAGCUUUUUGUUAAUCUGUCACUGCUAAAUUUUAAUUGCGUCACACCUUUGGUUUUGUGGUGCGUAUACGUGCGUAAAAUGUGCGCCUACAUUCAUUUUCAAAUCGAAUGAAGGAUCUAACUUUUAACGUUUAUCAGGAUUGAAGUGUCUGACAGAGCAGGAGCUGAUGGAAAAAGCGGGCGACAGGGACGCAUCCCUGGAACAGGGCGCCUGAUUACGCGGCACCGCUCGUGCGCUUUAGGACGCGUCCACAGAAAACAGUGCAGGCCUUUUCUCUACCUGUACAAGACAGUGACAUCUUCAAAUGUCUUAUUUGGCCCAGAGACCAUCUUCACGGGAGUACACAAAGUCCGUCAGGAGGAACUGAAACUUUCCACAAAUCCUCCAGCAAAGAAUCCGUGGAGUAUUCAUGAAGCAAUACUUGACUUAUUACAAGAUGAGGCUGAGAACAUCGAGGUUAGGCUGGCUGUUACUCCAGUUCACGGCUCUUUGCUUUUAUGCACAGAGCCGUCUGUCGGACAGGAUGAGCCGCAGACUGACGCGCACGUAUCAGCUGUACAGCCGCACGAGCGGGAAGCACGUACAGGUCCUGGCGAACAAGAGGGUCAACGCCAACGGGGAAGACGGAGCGGUGCACGCUAAGUUGGAAGUAGAGACUGACUCUUUUGGAAGUCGUGUCCGCAUUAAAGGAGCAAAGACAGGAUACUACAUAUGUAUGAACAAGAGAGGAAAGCUGAUUGGCAAGAGGAAAGGCAGAGGUAAAGACUGUAUCUUCACUGAGAUCGUCCUAGAGAACAACUACACAGCACUGCAAAACGCCAAGUAUGAGGGCUGGUACAUGGCGUUCACUCGUAAAGGUCGUCCACGGAGGGCCUCGAAGACCAAGCAGCAUCAGAGAGAGGCCCACUUCAUGAAGCGCCUUCCCAGGGGCCACAUGCUCAGUGAGAGGCGGCCAUUUGAAGUUCUUCCUCUGGCCGUCCCAGCGCAGCCUUCAAACAAACGGACUAAACAUGCACAUCACCAUCGCUCCAGCAGCGGCUGACUAAAGCACCACUGUGGGACAUCAAUGGAGAAACCAUCACAGUCAACUGCUCCCAGCUAAAUUAACUUUUACAGUCCAGUGCCCAUACAUUUCCUCUCUUUGUGGAUUUAUUGUGUCAUUGUAUGUAAACAUUGACUCUAAUACACUAGUUAUACACUCCCUUCAGACAGAUGACUUAAAAUUAAAAAGUAUUUAAGAGCACAAAUCAAGUGCUAAAUAAUGUUAAAAUGAAUAGAUUAGUCAACACAGCGAGGGAGUAUGAAGCUAGACAUGGCAGCUAUUGAUAACCUAAUGGUUACUGCAGUUCACCAGCUAUGUUGGCAGAUUUUGCAGAAUUUAACUUUUUUUUCUACAUAUAUAAAUAUAUUUUGUACUGUAAAAAUGUA